CAACAAAGUGGGGAGUUGCAGAUUUACAAGGAUCUACCUGUGCUUCGGUGCUAAAAUUGACUGUAUCAUCUCAUUGAUGGAAGUCAGCAGGCUGGAUCCUUUGCAUUGUCUUGUUUCACAGCAUCUUUGACGGCGACAUUUCGUUCAUCAUCGGAAUACUUAGCGCUCAGAUCCUCUGCCUUCUUCUGGUUUUCCUCGGCAGGAUACGAUCUUGCACCAUCAGCAUCAUGGCUCAGAUGUUGACAUUAGUCCAUUGUGCGUACAGCUGAUCAUAUGAUUGUCGUCGAGGAGCGGAUAUGCACUGUCGAAGUUUAUUCGGUAGUUCUCAUAGGUUCCGCACAGCUCUCAUCUGGACGACACGGUGCGAUGCGGACCGUUGGAUGCCAACGUAGAACGAUGGUGCCUUCAAUAUUCUCUUCAAUCAACGCUAUGGCCUUCCUUUGUCGCCAUUAGCCGGUGGGUCUCUCUUCGAACAGACCAUCUGUUCAAUACAAGCGCAGGCAUUCAGAAGGCUGUUAGUCAUCGUUUGAAUCUACCUAGGUCGUCUCACUUUUCACAAGCAACCAUCAGAGCCUUGAUCUCGGUGGACUAUGCCGCCAUAUCUCCCUUAGAAGCGCCUCAGGCAACAUCCCAACACAAAUAUUAACAGGGGAAGAUAAUGAGCAUGCGGGAGAUAGGUUCUCAUCAUGUUCGCCAUGUUCAUAAACAUCACCAUCAUCUUCUCAGCGUGUCACGCGCAUCCGGACUCGAAUAUCGACCAACCCCACCCUUUGAUUGAAAUAUCAACAGAGCAAGACGGUGGUGAUGAUACAGGCAGCGUCAUCGAGCGUUAUCAGAAGGGGCAAACUCAGAGGCUUCAAAGCAAAGCUCGAACCUUUCUUCUCUUCGUUCCAGCAUCAUUUGCCCUCGCACUCAUACAAACGAUGUCUUCACCUCCAGCUACAUUCAAAGGCGACUGGAUCACCCCAGAGCAUCCUGAUUAUGCCAAAGCCAUCGCUCGGUGGGCAGUUAACGCCGAGCGCCGUGCCAAGGUUGUUGCCUUUGUGAAGGACAACGACGACGUCCACGAUGCUUUGCAGUACGCGAAAGAGAACAACCUGCCCCUCGCUAUUCGUGGGGGCGGGCACAGCCCAUCAGGUGCGUCUUCCAUCGAAGGAGGACUCGUCAUCGAUCUAUCGCGCUACCUGGCCGGCGUGAGGGUCGAUCCAGACAAGCAGCUCGCAUAUGUCGGUGGAGGUGUUGACAAGGCCGCGAUUGCUCAUGGACUGGCAUCCGUCGCUGGGACUGUCGACCAUGCGGCCCUUUGUCGCAUUAGUCUUCUUCUUGGAGGUGGCUACGGCUAUCUUACCGGCCAGCACGGAUUGGUCAUCGAUAACCUUGUCCAGGCGACCGUUGUGAUUGCGGAUGGGUCCGCCCUUACAGCUAAUGCGACUGAAAACCCUGACCUGUAUUGGGCUAUCCGUGGCGGGGGUUCCAACUUCGGUGUCGCUACGGAGUUCGUGCUCCAGCUCCACCCCCAGCGCCGACGCGUCUUCGCCGGCCUAUCAAUCUUCCCUCCCACCGUGCUUGCCAAAAUGAAUGAGAUUCUGGCCGAGUGGUGGGAGAAGGGUCCGGGCGGGAAGGAAACGAUAUUGCAGGCUCUGACGAAGGGCCCUGAUGGGAAGCCAUGCAUCGUUCUCGUGUUGUUUUGGAAUGGGUCAGAGGAGGAAGGCCGUGCUCGCUUCGAGCAAUUGUUUGAUCUGGUGCCUAACGCAAUCCACAUGCUCAAACAGAACGAUUACGUAGCCCCCCGGAGCAACUACUACAUGAAGUAUGCCUUUGUGAGCGGUCCACAACCUGAUGUCGCAGAGGACAUCCUCUCGCACCUUGACACGCUCACAGAAAAGAACAAGCUGCGCAUGAUGUUCAUCUACGAGUUCUUCCCGAUCAAAAAAGCGCUCUCCGUGCCCACAGAGGCGACCGCGUACGUCAGGAGACCGCGCCUCGCCACGAUGGUAUUCGUCAGCUGGGACAAUGACGGCUUGGACAAGCUCGCGGACGUCAGGCUGGCCGCAACGGAACUGUUGAACUUAGCGCUCAGUGCGGAGCACAUGAUUCCACCUGUGGAGAACACGGGCUACGGGAACUAUCGUGCUCAGCAAAGUGGUCGUCCCUGUCUCCAAGGAUUUUGCUCCGACGUCCAGAGCCGAGGCUCUGUUUGCAGAUAA